AUGGAUGCUUUUCUCGCGGAGGCCGCCGCCGCACUCCCCGAUGUCCCGACAGCGGCGGCGGCGGCAAUUGCCGCAGGCCAGACGACUGACCAGGAGCGGCGCAGAGCGGCGGGAGUCAGUGACGGGGGGAACCCAGUCGGCCGGGAAGAUUUGUUGGAGGACGAGGACGCAGUUCAUGCCGUGCAGCGGAAGAAGGAAGGCAUCAGUACACCCGCGGUCCAGCAGAAACUGUUGACAGUCGAGGGGAAAGAAGUCGCGGUGAUCUGCGUGACUUUUUCGGACAAGUUCUUCGUCACGAUCUCCGACAACGGGAAGAUGUCGGCUAUGAUUCAAGGCUCGGCAGGCUUUGAGGAGCAGCGUGCAGACUUCGGAGUCCGGUUUAUAUUCGGAGAUAGGCAUCGGGAAUAUUUUCUGGUGUACGCUCGGGCGCUCCUGGCGAUAAUUUCUGCGCAAUCGAAGAAAGAGUUCCUCCUUGCGAUUUCUAUCAGCGUCGAUAGCCCUUCCUUCUUCCGAGCCGUCAUGAGCGGCAUUCGCGCGAACUUCCACUUCAACUAG